AUCAUUAAGAUAAAUACACUUAAUUACAACAACAUUACACAAUCAAAUUGAAAAUGACUUCUACUUCUGUUUUCGUUUCUGGUGCUAAUGGUUUCAUUGCCCAACAUAUAAUUAAACAAUUGCUUGCUAAGGGAUACACUGUUAUUGGUUCAGUCAGAUCGCAUCAAAAAGGUGAACAAUUGAAAUCAUUAAUCCAAAAUGAUAAGUUCUCCUUUGAAAUUGUUGCCUCGCUUACUGAAAAAAAUGCUUUCGAUGAAGUUCUUAAGAAGCACCCCGAGGUUACUGUUUUCUUGCAUACUGCUUCUCCAGUUACAUUCGCAGUUGAAGACAUUGAAAAAGAUUUAUUGAAGCCUGCAAUUGUAGGUACAGUCAACGCUCUUAAUGCUAUUAAGCGUUAUGGUCCUCAAAUAAAAAAGGUAGUCAUUACUGCUUCUGCCGUUAAUAUUUUUGGCUUUGGUCCUUAUUUCGAUGGAGAACAAGUUUAUACGGAAGAUGAUUGGAACCCAAUUACCUAUGAAGAAAGUUUAGAAAAUCCAUUUUUCGGUUACCUUGGUUCUAAGAAGUAUGCCGAAUUGGCUGCUCAAGCUUUUGCUACUAAGGAAAAUGUCAAUUUUGAUAUUUCGUUUGUUACUCCACCUUUUGUGUUUGGUCCUCAAGCUUAUGUCGUUAAAGAUAAGGCUAACUUAAACCUUUCUAAUGAAGUUGUGAACUCUGUUGUUAAGUUAACUAAAGGUGAUCCUAUUCCCGCUGACGGUAGUGUUUUCGUUGAUGUUAGAGAUGUAGCUCGUGCUCAUUUAGUUGCAUUCGAAAAUGACGAAGCUGUACUGCAAAGAUUAUUCACUGCAUCUUCAAGCUACACUCUUGAUACAAUUGCCAACAUCAUUAACAGUAGAUUUCCUAAUACUACAGUUCCAAGAGGUGAUGAAUCUAGAAAUGAAGAGAUCAAUAGGUCGAUUCAAAAAUUUGACAAUUCCAGAACCAAUAAGAUUCUUGGGUUUGACUAUAUAACUCUUGAAGAAUCUAUAUUUGAUACAGUUGAUCAAAUUUUCAAUGCUUAGAGUAGAGUUUUUAGAUUUUUAGAAUAAUUAAUGUUUGCCUUUAAGUUUUCAUCUUAUUAUAGUCGUUGAAUUUAUAUAAUACAAAUUUGUUUUAUUUUGAAUAAAUAAUUGUAAGUUUACUCUCUUAAAUAAAUAGCUCUGAAUUUUAACGCCUCUGCAAAUCCCAUAGAAACUGGCCAGACUGGCGCAUCAGCCAAGAUCCUAAUCCCCAAAUUAAUAACCUUGAUUGAAAGUUGACACUUCACAAUCUCAUCACGAAUCAAUUGGUUCAAUUCAUGGACUUUCUCGGUGUUUUCUUCAAUAUUUAUACCUUGAGACAAAGCAUCAUCACAAUGUUCCCUUUCUUGAGUUAACUCCAUAAGUUUAGUGAUUGCAGAUUCAUCAAUUAUAAUUUCCUUAACUUGAUUAGUAAGCAAUUCUGAAUAUGAACUCUUCAAACUUGGACUCAACACUUUAUCUACCUUGUUUAAAAUAUCAUGACACUUGAACCAAUGCACCAAUUCCAUAUUGGAAAUAUCACGAUGUUCACAAUUCUUUUCAAUAUAAUCCAAAUAUGUCGUUAAAAUAAUGAUGCUAACAAAUAAUCCCACACAGAAUAAUACUGGUGUACGUAAUGAAGUUUGUCUGACAUCAUAAUUUAUAGUUUCAAUAUUGUAUACCCAUAAUUGGAUUAAAUCUCUGGAAUGGGGCAACGUAUUGGUUAAUACACCAUAAUUUGAUUCUUCAUAGUGCAACUUGUCCCAAGCUUUGUUCAUUUCUUGCCAGUCCUUAUGCAAUACAGGUGAAACCAACGAGGUCAAUGAAUACAAUUCAAGUUUGAUUUUAAUCAUUAAAAGCAAUGGCACCACUAACUUAAGCUCAUGUUGAGCAUUAAGUAAAUUUCUAUUGUAUGUUGUAAUAUUCAAUGAUGUUGUACCAUGAUUCUGGUAAUAUUUAAGUUCCCAGUUUGAAACAAGUUUAACCAUGUCAGGUUUAACUUUAUUCUGCCAUUGAAUAUAACUAAAUGGUUGUGGUCUGACGGCUUCAAUUCGUUCACUAAUGUAAAAUAACAAAGUAAGCAAAUUAUUGUAUGAUAAUUUAACUUCGGGAGCAGUUGUAUUGUUAUUGAUACAACUAAUAAGCUGAUCCAUAUUGAUACCAUUGCUCAUUUCAAUUAAACUUAAAUUUGACUUUUUCCGUUCAUUAAACCAGUCCAACGAAGUUUCACACCACCAUAGUUUUUCAUUAUUACAAUAAUUCCCACUCUUCAAUAAUGAUGAAUUGAGGUAAAUUGGGACCCCAAUUAAAGUAGAUCGGAAAGUUUGUAACAGAUAGAAAACCUGUAAUGUUCUGAUUCUGGAUUGGGCCAUAAUGAAAUAAUCAAAAUUAUUUUGAAUGAGCUGGGUCUUGUCAGCUUGUGCUUCGGGUGGUGGUAUUAAUAAUUGCUCC